AUGUUGUUACAAAAUUAACAUUUGUUUUUAUUGUCCCUUUUGUUGACCAUUUUCGUUGUGCACGUUUUAACUUAUGAAAAUAACAAAACAAAAUUAAAUUGAACUCCAUGAAAUCCCACAAAACGAAGAAUUGAUUUCAAUAUAACAAAGCCACUCAAAAAUUUCAAAACCCAUAUCAAAAUUAAUGCGCUGCUACAUCGCUUGGACUUUGCCUUGAUCACAAAUUGAAUUUUAUUAGAUAUUUUAACAAAAUUUCAUACACAUAUGGAGCAAUCCAAUGGCAAUCGUAAGCAGCUCUCUGAGUCCUCGACACUCGGCAUGACGGAGAGUAGCAGCAAUAAGCGAAAACUCUACGCCAUCGAUGAGCGCGAGGAGAGCUCUCCAGUCACAGUGAGUGAACUGGAGCCCGAGGCAGAGGCUGCCUACGAUGCGGAUGUGGAUGAACUGGAGCAGCCCGUGGCAGGUCCGCCGCUUGCCAAAUUGGCCGGUGAGCGUGAUGUCAUCUACGAGUUGUUCCAGCCCUGGGCAUUAAAAACCUAUGGCGAUCAGGCAAAGACCAAGACGAUAACGCUGCGCAAGAAGGCGCGCAUUCUAAAAGCACUCGAGGGCAAGGAACACAGUCGUCCGGACAGCUCCAAGUUUCGCUUCUGGGUGAAGACAAAGGGUUUUACCACCAAGCGACCUGAGGGAUUCGAGGAGGCGCCGGGCAGUCAUCGGCUUCUUCAGCCGCUGCCCAGCACUGCAGUUCUCUCCGAUAAUCCAGGCGCCGUCGAUCUGUUCGCAGCUUCAGCUAGCAAGGACUUUGGUCGUCGCAUCUACCGCAAGGUGGCUUGCGUGGAGGAAUUCUUUGAUAUCAUCUACAACGUGCACAUGGAGCUGGGCGGACGCAGUGGCAUGCAUGCGGGUCAGAAACGCACGUAUCGCAUUAUCACAGAGACUUAUGCUUUUCUGCCCCGUGAAGCCGUCACACGAUUUCUAACCAUUUGCCCUGAAUGCAAAAAGAACCUGAGACCCUCAUCGCCCGCAAUGGGCGGCAAGGAGUCGGAGCUGGUGGGCAAUGAGAGUUCGUCAGAAGUGGAGAACUACUUGAGCUACUCAUCGCACACCGAAAGCUCCCUGGAAACGGGUCCUGCGGCCAAACGGCGUCGCCACUCGAGUGCCGAUCUCAAGGCACAUGCCCCCCUGACCGCAGGAUCUGUUGCAAGCAGCGCCAGUGCCAACCAGCUGGAUGCCAUUACAGCUCCAGCCCCCAGUCCCAACACUAACAUAAGCUCGGCCAAAGUCGAGGUGGCUGUCGAAACAGCGUCGGUCAGCGUGCCCAAGAUACGAGUGAAGAGUCAAUUACAACGUCCGCUUAGUCCGCCAGCGGCGCCAGUUGAGACAGCAACAGCAGCCCCCUUACCCCCUUUGCCCCAUCCCCUGACUGACCCCGCACAGCUCCACGGCAUCGAUAUGCAGCUGUUGAAGUCGCGGGAUAAUCUAGUUCGCUAUUACGACUUCAUGCGACGCUUCUAUGCCGGUGGCUCGUUGCUCAGUCAGCCGGUUUUAGCACCGCCCCUUUACGGCAGCAGUCUGCUGCAGAGUCUUAGCUAUCCAACCACCACCACCUCUAUCACAGCAGCUACCACAGCAGCUACCACCACCAGCACAGCAGCAACAACAACAACAACAUCUAAUAACAAUAGUCAGACACAAGUCAAGCCGUUGUCCGUGACAGCGCCUCCCAAGACAGUUUCCCCGACGCCAACUGCGUCCGGCUCUCAGCAAUUGAAGACAUCCCCUGAUAGCUCGUCUCGUGCACGCUCACCGAUCGUUUCGCUGGCCACGCCCUCCAUACCACAUACGCCCAUCAAUUUAACAAAAGCUCCAUUUUCCAGUUGCAGUUCCAGCAGCAAUGGGCAGCCCACCUCGCAUUCCACGCCCGUUGCCAUGCCGCCCCUUAAACUGGAGCUACUCAGUCCACCCAAGCCAUUGGCAGAUCUUCGCAUUCCCCAACUGUUGACGCUGCGUGGCGCUGCUGCUUCAACGGAUCAGCAUCCGUUGCCUGUACCGCUGCCGCCUCUGGACUUGGAGCGGUUGAAGCCCAUCACAUCCACCUAUUUGCAGCUAACACGCAGCAUGGGUCUCAGCGAUGAGGAUGCUUUGCGGUUUGAUAAUCUGGAAACCAUUCCAGCAACACCGGCCACAAGCACCGACACCAGCAGUGUGGUUGGUGUAGGCGGUGGCGGAGGCGGUGGCGCUGGCGGCGGCGGCGGAGGAAUCGCCAGUGUUGCCAGUGGACUGGGUGACAUUGCGAGCAGCCUCGGCGGCGGCAGUGGCAGCGAGUCGGAAGCCUACGCGGGUCUCAUGAAGGAUGCGGACAAGCUGAAGCUGAUGCUCCUGGCCUGGAACUAUCAGAACUCGACGGCUGUGCGCAAUGGCACCGAGGGACCAGAUCUGAGUGUUGUCGGCGGCCUUUGGGCGCAGUAUCAGAAUGCUUUGGCCCAGAAUGCAGCUGCAGUGGCAGCAGCCAGCAGUAAAAUGGAUAGCUCAUUGUCGCCGGUUCCCAGACAGGAUGCACACUCGCCGAUGGAGGCACAGGACGAGACGAACUCGUCGGGCCAGAAGGAGGAGGACGAGGUUUCCGAAGAUGAUUCCGAUGACAAGAUGGACGAGAAAUUGGCCACCACACAUGAUCCCGAGCGCCUCAAGGCCUUCAAUAUGUUCGUGCGUUUGUUCGUGGACGAGAAUCUCGACCGGAUCAUUCCCAUCUCCAAGCAGCCAAAAGAGAAGAUUCAAGCCAUUAUCGAUUCAUGUGCCCGACAAUUUCCCGAGUUCAGUGAUCGUUCCCGCAAACGCAUUCGCACCUAUCUGAAGUCCUGUCGCCGCAACAAAAAGACACGAGACGGUUGGGAGAAUACGACUCGACCGACGCCCGCGCAUCUGACCUCCGUGCAGGCGGAACAAAUCCUGGCGAUUGCCUGCGAGAACGAGUCGAUGAACGCGAAGCGAAUGCGAAUUGGCCUCGAGCCAAUUACACAUGCGGUGCCAGCGCCGGGCAGCGUUGUGGCAGCUGCAGCUGCAGCGGCAGCUGUUGCCGGCACCAGCACCACAUCCGCGAGCAAUGCGGCCACCGUAACCUGCACGGCAGCCGAUGCGGCUGGCCUCACCAGCGUGGCAGCGGCAGCGUUGCCAUUCGUUAGCGCCGUCGGCUUCGCACGCUCCACACCGAACUCGGAGCACGCGGAUACCGCGUUCGGUGGCGCCUCCAAUUUAGGCGCCGGCGCUGGCAGUGCAGGCGGCAACAGCACUAGCGGCGCAGCUGGCGGUGGCACCGGUGGCAUGAGCUCGGCGCGCAGCUCGCCGCUGGCACUCAGCUCAAAUGCCAGCGUUGGCGGAGCGAGUGUCACGGGCUUGGCGUUGGCCAAUGGGGCUGGGGCAUCGAAUGGCGCCGGUCUGCCCUCAAGCAGUCCCUAUACCACGGACUUUAGCUCGCCCUCGGCGGCCUCGCCUUUUGUGGCAGCUGCAGCGGCAGCGGCUGUGGCAGCUGGACGUGCGCCCAGCUAUCCUGGCUACUUCCCAGGCGUUGCCGGGCUGGGUAAUGUUACGCCCACCGAUCUCUCCAUGAAGCCCACGGCGCUUGGCGUUGGCGGCGGCCUCGCUGGCAGCGUCAGCAGCAACAGCAACAACAAUACAGUUAGCGCGCAGCUGAGUGCCGCCAAUCUGGCCACACUGAGCAAUGCCAGCAACAACAAUGUGCUGGCCACAGCCACACAGCAACUGCAGCAGCUGCAACAACAGCAGCAGCAACAGCAGCAGCAACAACAGCAGCAGCAACAACAACAACAGCAGCAGCAACAGCAACUGCUCUCCACGUCCGGUGAUGCCAACUGCUCCCGAGUGCCGCCCAUUCUGCCCCACAAGCUGAGUCCCAACGAGGUGACCGCUGCCCGCCAGGUCAUAUCGGCGUACAGGGAGAGCGCUGCGUUCCUGCUGCGCACCGCUGACCAGGUGGAGCAGCUGCUGGUGCAACAGCAGUAGGCUGGCGAUGCAGAUGCUGAUGCUGAUGAUGAUGAUGAUGAUGAUGGUGGUGGCUAGCAUUGGGCACUUUCCAGACCCGAGGCGACGCGAGGCGCGCGCGCGGGUUGUUCCUAUUUAAAUUUAAAUUUAAAUUGAAUUACACAGAGCAACAACAAAAUAAAAAAGAAAUAAUAAAACACACUCACAGCAACUAAGCGAAUUAGAAAGCGAAAGCUACAAAAAUAGUCAAAGCAUAGCAGCAAAAAAAAAAACAAAAAACAAAACCAAAAA